UCGCACAGCAAGUACUGACUCACUUUGGCAUGUCAGUUUCCAAGUAGCUUAUAAAGCAAUAAUCACUAAUUACUGGGGCAUUUUCACAUCAGGCAUUUGAUAAGCAGCAGUCGAUCUCACAACAUCACAUUUACAUUGGAGAAGUUUGGAACUUUUAUUCACCUAGUAAAGUUUGAUAAAUACUUGAUAGUUAUGGCAUUGAUUGCAAGACCAACACCUGGGUUUGAAGGAUUUAAGCCAUUGGUGAAUGAAGAUUUGAACGGAGACUCAGAUAUGGACUCAGUGUCAGAUGUCGCUAGUGAAGGAGGUCAGGAGAUAAAUAAGAUUGACUCAGCAAAAAUCGAUCCCGCACAUCGUGAAAUUUUGGAGAAAUUGAAACGUCAAGAACGCGAGGAGAGAGCUGAAAUUGAAGAAGAGUUGCGAAUUCAAAAAGAGGUUCUUGCACGUCAUGAAGAAUUCAGGGCUCGUGAAAUCAGAAUGGCACAUGAUCGUGAACGGGAACAAGAUUUACGCAAACACGCAGCUCUAGAUUUGCGGGAUAAAAUUCAAUCACGCCCAUUAAGCAGCACCCUUAUGCCUCAUGGGAUCAAUGACUUAAGUAUGUAUAAAGACAGAACAGUUAUGGAUCGUCCCCUCGAUCCUUUCAAAUCUGAACGAUCAAGUCUUGAUAUGCUGACUCAUCAUGCAGCAUAUCUGGAAAGGGCCUACCCCCGCCCCUCUCCCCCACCCCCAGAAAUGAUGGGGGAGGGACCCGCCCAUCAUUGGACGUUUGAAGAACAAUUUAAACAGUUGUAUGAAUUAUCAGAUGAUCCCAAAAGACGCGAGUUUUUAGACGAUCUGUUUUCUUUCAUGCAAAAGAGAGGAACCCCUGUAAACAGGAUCCCAAUUAUGGCCAAGCAGACACUUGAUUUAUAUGAGCUCUUCAAACUGGUGGUGUCAAAAGGUGGUCUCGUGGAAGUCAUCAACAAGAAAUUAUGGCGAGAAAUCACAAAAGGUCUAAAUUUGCCAUCCAGUAUAACUAGUGCAGCAUUUACACUGCGAACACAGUACAUGAAAUACCUCUACCCUUAUGAAUGUGAAAAACUUAAACUCAGUUCACCAACUGAGCUUCAAUCUGCCAUCGACGGCAACAGAAGAGAAGGACGUCGCCCAAGUUACGGCUACGACCUCUCCCCCGGGGCACCUACCCUCCUCUCCCCCUCCCCCCAUCACAUAAAUGGACUUUUCAACGGCCACUCAAGACAUACUGUGGGUACACCCCCCAUGAUGCCACCAAUGGCCCAUCACCAUCACCCGUCAUUGAUGAAUGGCCUCCAUCAUCCCAGUCAUCCAACCCCCAUACACAACCGACCACGUAGCACAGGGUCAUCAGAUGAUAACCGUAGCCCUAGCCCACCUUCAACACCUAGUCGUCUGCAGCAACAACAAGCACUACACAGUUUAACAGAGCGGGACGCUAUCGCGAUGGAAGCAGCGUCACGUGCGAUGGAAGAAGCUACUCGUAAAAUGGAAAUGGCGUCACGUGUUGCACUAGAACGUGCAGCUGAACGAGCGACAAGUACAAAUUCUAAUGAACAUACUUCGUCACAUAAACGACCAAGCCCAUCAUGUAGUCCAAAAUCUGAAGAUAAUAGAAAAAGCGACCCCGAAAUUGAUGAACCAUCACCGAAAAAGAUGGCGCUAGCAGAAGAUGAAAGGUUAUUAUCACACGUAGGAAUGAACAAUGCCCAUCUGAAAAUUACAAGUCGAAGUGACGGGAAAUCAGACUUCGACAAUUCCUUAGUAAUCAGCAUGGAGAUAAAUGGUAUAAUGUAUCAAGGGGUCCUAUUUGCACAAGCUCCAAGAAGACUUUAAGACUCCUUAGAAUAGCUAUAAACUUUUGUAAAUAAUGUAUCAAUGGAUGAAAACCCACACAAAUGUAGAUGAAACCCUCCCAAAUAGGCCAAAACCUACCUAAAUAUGAAUAAUAUGAGGAGAAAGUGUCUCUCUGUGUUAAAGGGAGUAACAUAUUCAUGUCAAAAAACUGAAGUGAGAAGCGAGGGUGACUUAUAUGCCACCACUAAAAAGUAGCGACAUAUCGUUAAAGCCGCCAUUUUUAUGAAUGGUGUUGGUGUCUAUACGCAACAAUUGUUGCACAUUUGUAUUUUUGAGUUAAGUAUUGGUCAGAUGCCUUGGAACUUAUACUGAGAACACGUCUUCGAGUGUUGUAAUUCUAAAAGUGAUACAUAGCAAUAUCUGUAACCAUGGCAAUGAAUAAGGGGACUUUUGUGCAACCAGGUGAUAACUGUUCGUUGUUUUUUUGUAUUAUUUCACCAGCAUCUAUGAAUGUUCAUCUCUCUGAUUAGCUUGUAUAAUUCAAAAUAUGCCAUCUCAGAAUACAGUAAAACUUGUAAAUUGAAUACUAUUUGGAACCUCUAAAAUGUUUCAGGUUCAUUGAACAUUGAUCGAAAACGUAAACACUAUGUAAA